AUGAAAGCGAAAGUUGUCAUCAAUGCAUGGGGGGUUGUCAUCGCCCAAUCUCUCUGUCUCUACAUCGCGCUGGCUGAAACUUCCAACACUAACGGCUUCUCUGGUUCAUAUCAACCUCCGUAUCUACGUGGAGGCAAUAGGCAUGAAAGCUCCGAAUUUCCAGACUAUCAAUAUGAGCAAGCGAACAAUCAGCCAUAUAAGUCCCAAGAUUUAGGCAGGAAUCUGAAAGACAUCUCAAAGGAGGAUUGGAAGAAAUGGGACCUUCCCGUGUUCCAGAAGAACUUCUACAAGGAACAUCCCCAAGUUGCUGCAUUGAGUCCGGAGGAGGUUCAAAGCAUCACAGAGCGUCUCGAAAUCAGGAUGGAGGGGGAGGAUGCACCACGGCCUAUCUUGACCUUCGAGCAAGUAGGGGGGGGGUUCCCACAGUAUGUGUUGACUCAGAUAGCACAAGAAGGCUUCGUAGAGCCCACACCAGUUCAGUCGAUCGGAUGGCCGAUUGCAUUGUCCGGCAGGGAUGGUGUCUGCAUUGCUGAAACAGGAUCUGGAAAGACUCUCUCUUUUUUGCUUCCAGCAAUCGUACACGUUAACGCACAGCCGGCCCUGCGACCAGGGGAUGGACCCAUUGUACUCGUCUUGGCUCCCACGCGCGAGUUGGCUCAACAGAUCCAGGAUGUUGCUUACAAGUUUGGAAGGAGCUCGAGGCUUCGGAGUACUUGCGGUGAAAGAGAGGGGGAAGUUGAUAUCUUUCUCUCAUCAUGGACUGGAGCAGUGUUUGGAGGAGCGCCGAAGGGACCGCAGGCAGGGUCGCUGAGACGAGGAAUCGACAUCUGUGUUGGAACCCCUGGGCGCCUCAUAGAUUUCCUUGAAACCGGAACGACAAAUCUGAGACGGGUAACAUACCUUGUCUUGGAUGAAGCAGACAGGAUGUUGGAUAUGGGAUUCGAGCCUCAGAUCCGCUCCAUCGUCAGUCAGAUCCGGCCCGACCGGCAGACUCUGAUGUUCACAGCGACAUGGCCAACUGAAGUGCAGGCAAUGGCGCAAGAUUUUUUGCAUCCAAAGCACCUCGUUGCUUACGUCGGCAGUCAUGGCAUGCAAGCUGUCAAGACAGUUUUACAAUACGUCGAGGUGCUGGAGGAGGCGGACAAGCCUCCCCGACUUGUCAGGAUCCUUUCGGCCUUCAAUAAGGAUAUGCCCGAUGGAAAAAUCCUUAUAUUCUCUGCAACAAAAAGGACAACAGACGACCUCGUCUUCGAACUCCGUCGCUGCGGUUAUCGAGCCUUUGGAAUUCAUGGAGACAAGGAUCAGCAGGAGCGAGAUUGGGUUUUAGGACAGUUCAAACGGGGGGACUGCCAGAUUCUCGUAGCGACUGAUGUCGCCUCGAGAGGGCUGGACGUGAACGACGUCUUGCUGGUCGUCAACUAUGAUAUGCCGGGGCAGAUAUCCGACUACGUCCACCGCAUUGGAAGGACAGGACGAGCUGGUCGGAGCGGGACUGCCUACUCGUUCUUCACGCGGAAUGACGCGGCUAUUGGGACCUUGGGUCCAGCGCUCAUCAAGGCGAGCAAGAGACGUCCUGAAAGAGGCCGACCAGGAGGUUCCAAACUCGCUCUACCAGGUUCUUCAGGACGCGAAGGAGGAGAAGCAAAUGUCUCGCAGCCCCUUCGUGCGCGGUCGACCCUUCAGGGGAGGACGGGGGCGAGGCAGGUGGUGAGAUGUGCGGGGCGAAGCAGAGAAAAUGUAAACGGAACGAUGACGAUAGUCAUUCCUCGAGAAUGUUUAUGA